AUGGCGGAUCUCAACCACCCCGGCUCCGAGAAGGAGAUUGGCCAAACCACGGGGGCGGCGCCUGGUGUUAAUGGCUCCCAUGCCACUGCCCGGGACUACCACAACCCCAUGGCCCACAUCCACUCGAACCAGGAGGCUCGUCUACCCGCCUUUGGUGGUGAGUUUCAGCCCGGUCUCUACCGGUCGGUCGAGGCGCGCAAGUUCGCGAACCCGGCUCCGCUGGGUCUCAGCGCCUUCGCCCUCACCACCUUCGUCCUCUCGGCCGUCAACCUGGGCGCCCGCGGCGUUUCUGCUCCCAAUGUUGUCGUCCCCCUAGCUCUCGGCUACGGCGGCGUCGUCCAGCUCCUGGCUGGCAUGUGGGAAAUGGCCGUCGGAAAUACCUUUGGUGCCACGGCGCUCUCGUCCUACGGUGGCUUCUGGAUUGCAUACGGCAUCUUGCUCACCCCGAACUGGAACAUUCUUGGACCCAACGGACCCUAUGCGUCCCCUGCAACCCAGGCCAUCGACCCCAAGAUGGGUGAGUCGGCUGUCGGCUUCUUCCUGACGGGCUGGUUCAUCUUUACGACGAUUCUACUCCUCUGCACGCUGCGCUCGACCGUCAUGUUCUUCCUGCUCUUUUUCACCCUCGAUCUGGCCUUCCUCAUGCUUGCCUGCGGUGCCUACGCCAACGACAACAACGCCAUGGACGCCUCCAAGAAGCUGACCCAGGCCGGUGGCGGUUUUGGCAUGCUCGCGGCCUUUUUAGCAUGGUACAACGCCUUUGCCGGUAUUGCCGACAGCAGCAACUCUUUCUUCCUCAUCCCCGUCUUCCACUUCCCGUGGUCCGAGAAGGGCCGCGAGAUCCGGGUCAACAAGUCGGAGCGCGACACCGUCUAA